AUGGAGUGUUUGAAUCGGGACAUGAGUUAUUUAAAAGCUAUGGGUAGGAAUCCCUGGGUGAGGUUCUUUGACCUGUGCUGUGCAGGAAGUCAGGCUAGAUCUGGCCUGAAAAAUGCAGGAAUCAAGCAAUGUGGGUGUCAGUCCAUGAAUUCAGUGUAUGCAAGGGAGCUAUGGCUGCCCAUCACCAUAGUAGCUGGGCAUCUUCCAUGUAAAAAUGAACAGUGAAGCCCAGACUGGCUUUUCCUGGACUCUCUGCUGCUCCUUUUCCCCUCAAUGCCUGAAGGGUGAUUAGAAUAACAAUUUCACUCCAUCACAGGAACGGGGUGCGGGGUUCCUUUGCUCCUGGUGUCCCUGCCCUUCACAGCUCUGCAGUGUGAGCCUGGCGUUGCAUUCCUGGAAUUUAAAUCCAGAUGGGACUUGGGAGCAUCUUCUAGUUUGACCCAGACCUGAGCCUCACCAAGUUGCCCUGUGCUGAGCCCCAUGACUUGUGCCUGACUAACGCGUCUCGUGAUUGGUUCCGGGGUGGGGUGGGAGGCAGCCGGCUGCCCUGCUCCCUCCCACAGCCUGGAGCAGGGCCAAGGCGCCGGAUCAGCUGGUCCCAGCGCUGUGCUGGGAAGAGGCAGUUUGACCCACGCCCUGCGCUGCUGACGAGCUGGAGGCUGGAGCCUGGCCGCGUUCGCCGCCCUCGGGCUCAUGACGCACCCCGGGAGCAGAGCGCUGGGCCCGGGACCCGCUGCCGCGCGCCCCGGAGGAGAGGCAAGGGAAAGCGUCUGGGGCUCAUGGAGCCGAUAGAAAGACAGAUUCUCCCCAGCCCCCCACGCACACUGGGGCAAAGUGAGCUUGAAGCGCUGCCUGGAGUGUAUGUGACACCGGCACCCUUGGAUGCAGUGAGCUGUGGCUCUGCGCAGUCUGCCUUGGAGACCCUAAGGCCUGCAGACGACGAGAUGAAAAGAAGCCCGAAAACAGAGGCCCGUGGCACCUUGAAAACAUUCCCUGCCAUUGCAGAGCUGGAACUGGGGGACUUGAUUGAGAUCUUCCGCUUCGGAUACCAGCACUGGGUCAUCUAUGUGGGAGAUGGCUACGUUGUUCACCUGGCACCCCCCAGUGAGAUACCCGGGGCGGGCUUUGCCAGCCUGAUGUCCACACUGACCAACAAGGCCCUGGUGAAGAAGGAGCGUCUCCUGGAUGUGGUGGGGAGGAACCGCUAUCGGGUCAACAACAAGCAUGACAGGAAAUUGCCCCCGCUGCCAGCGGGGAAGAUUGUGCGGGCCGCCGAGCAGCUGGUGGGCCAAGAGAUGCUUUACAGAGUUACCAGUGAGAACUGCGAGCACUUCGUCACUGAGCUGAGAUAUGGCGUGGCCAGGAGUGACCAGGUGCGGGAUGUCCUGGUGGGGGUGAGCGUCGCUGGGCUGGGGCUGGCUGCUCUGGGCCUCCUUGGGGUUGCAGUCCAAAGGAGAAGACGCCAGAACCAGUAAUGGACUUGAGUGGAUCAGAGGGGUUUGGGGGGUGUUUUUUUUUUGAUCCAAGCAGAAGAGACUUUGCAGCCGUUUUGGGGGUGUGGUGGGAGCUUCAUAUGUGUUGCUCUGUCCUCCCUUUCGGGUGAACGCCCUCCCCACCCCCUUGCCGGCACCAGCACAAGAAUAAAACCAGGAGAUUGGUACAAAGUCA